AUGAUCAGUGGCGAUAAGCCUCAUUCGUCUAUUAGCGAUUGGAUCGAAAUACUUUCUUCUUCACGCUACACUGAAGACGAUUAUGAAGGCAUCAUCGAACUCGUUGAAUCGAUCAAUUUACAGCCUACAGGUCCAACUGAGGCGUCGAGAGCGAUUCGCAAGAAAUUGAAAUACGGGGAUGUUCACCGGCAACUGAGAGCCUUGACCAUUUUGAAAGCUUUGGUCGAGAAUUGUGGGACCAAGUUUCAAACCAGUUUCGCAAAUGAUCGACUCACCGAACGCAUCAAGUCGAUGGCGUCCGAUCCCAUGACAGAUGAGCAAGUCAAGAAGAAACUCAUGUCAGUGCUUGCGAGCUGGUACAGACAAUUCAAGGAUGAUCCUAAGAUGUCACUUGUUGCUGGUUUAUACCAUUCAUGUGGAGGCGGAUCAGGAAAGAAGCCUCGACUUGUGUUCGAUCAGGCCGCGAGGUCCCCUUAUAGCCCCGGCUCGCAUUCAAAUUUUGAGCUGCAACAGAAAAAGGCCAAGGAGGCGGCGAAACUCCAGGAAGAACGCCGGUUGAAGGGACUCCGCGAAAAGGAGGAGGCGAAGCGGAAGGCAAAAGAGGAAAAGAAGAAGCAAGCUACUUCCCAAAACACGAAACGGAAACCUUUCAACUUUGAGCAGGAGAAACCCCAGAUAGUUUCCUCUAUCUCAACAGCCUCACAGGCAUCAAAUAAUCUCGUCAAUGCCCUGAAGCUAGUAAAUCGAGAGCAAGAGUCAAUAGAGAGAAACGCUCGAGUUCAGGAAUAUCUCGCCCAAGCUAAGGCGGCGGGAAAGGUAAUAGUUCGCUAUAUACAGCUGGUUGAAAAUGAAGAAUAUAUAGGAACGCUCAUCGAUUCUAACGAGAGAGUCAUCGCGGCUCUUGAGUUUUAUGAUCAUAUGCUCAAAGGGGCAGAUCAGGACUCCGAUGAUUCUGACUUGGCGAAUAAGAUGGACAGAGUUUCGGUGUCGGAAUCGGAGAUAUCCAAGAGGCAAGACAAACAGCGAGCGAAAGAACGUAAUGACUCUAUGGACAACCUCUUCAAUGGCACUCCUGGCAGAGGGGUUACUCUGCAUCCUGAUCUGCAGGACUUGACAUUUGGCGAGCUUGGGGCAUCUCAGACAGCUCUACCACCGCCUAUGAGACCCGACGCAACUGUUGGCGACAACGAUCACGAUGUGUACGAUCAACGAGGCACUCUCUCCGAUUACAGUGACUAUGUCUCCUCAGAUGAGGAAACCCCAAAUGCCAAUGUGGUAGCUGCAGCAAGGCCUAGCAACAGCAACUCACAUGACUACCAUGCGCCGGACCCAACGAUACCGAUCGAUUCGACGGGCGGCAAAGAUGCUCUUAUUGAUUUCAGCGAUGAUCCUUUUGCCGAUCCCACCGAUGUCUCCGCAUCCGCCGUUCGACCAGUUGAGCAACGCGUGUUUUUAUCGAUUUCUAGGCGUUGA